AUGGUCUCAGCAAAGCUCGAGGUGCUCCAUAACCGGAGAAAAGGCACCGCACGCAUCGAGUACGCCAUGUUCGAGCCUUUCUGGCGAUUCCGCGAUCCCACCGGCGAACCCAUCCUCACGAUCCGACUCCUGGACGUCCUGUACAUCAAGGUCUCGGUAUUACAGUCCGAGCGCAUCAAGCUUGUCAUUCGCACCAAGAAGCGACCCUACCUCUUCAUUUCUACCAAAUCUAAGAAGUUCCAUGCUCCAUUUUCGAGGGUCUUUCCGCCUAUUGAGUACCUUCGAGGACUACUUUGCGACGAGCCGGCGGCCAAGAAGCAACCUCUCUCCUUAUUCGACCUGCCUCAAGAGCUGCUGGACGUCAUAUUCGGUCUUGCGUAUCCGGCCCAGGAAGGCUUGGUCAUCAACGGCCGGGACGGCUGGCAAUCGGAACAAAAGCAACAGAACCGAUGCAACGGGACAGCAACUGCUUUACGAAAGCUCGUCCCAAAAGUCUGCGACUUCAUGGUCUCGAAGAGGUUCCUCAAAGAGUCCGCCAAAGCUUGGAGCAUCAAGUUGGCGGCAUCCUUCAUUUGGCGGGUUGCCACGUUUCCGUCUCUGAAGGAGCUGAACUUGAUGGUCAGCGAGCCUGCUUUUGAGUCCGUAGAGCCACAGUAUCCAUGGAAGGCCACACUUGGAGAGAAAGAGUUCAGGAUCAUCUUCGAAAAGUUUGGGCUCGGCCGAUUGCGAGGGCUCAAGAAGUUCAGCUUGGUUGCUGGGGAGAUCUACCGGAAGAGGACCAAGCUGGAGAAGCAGAAGUGGGAAGAGAACGUGGCGGCUUUGGAGACAUACCAACUGCCUUUCGUGACCAAGCCUAGAAUCUCGACGGUAACAAAUGCGAAGUCGGGAAGUGCGCGUGGAGUGUCUUUGACGGACGAGGAUGCUGCGGAAGUGGGUGACUCACCUGUUCCCGGCGUCUACAUCGCCAAAGGGGGACUGAUUCUCUUCCCCAGCAGCAUGCAGCUCGAAAACCUCAAGACGACGCAGGCAUUCAUCACUCAGAAUAGCAAUGCUGUCAUCUCUGCGAUUUGGAAGAACCAAGUCAACGAAGACUUGGCAACUGAAUUCGCCGCUUUGAAGAUCUAG